AUGCAUUCACCCCUUCCCUACCUGCUCGCCGUCACUUUCCUCGACAUUGUCAUCUGCAUGGCUCCAAUGCCUCACAUCGAUUGGUGUCUCUACUGGAGAUAUCUGAAUAAGGAUCAGUUUCGACCCGAGUGUAAUGGAGUGUAUCGGCUGAGGUUUGCUAAGCAUAAAGCUCACGACCAUCGACCCCAAAUAACUGCUCAACAAUCAAGUGUCCCAUGGACACCAGCCAGACCGGUCCCCCGAUUCAACUCCUUCUCCUUAAACACCAACUCGAUACUCCCCGUGACUAAUGAGAAUGGAUUCGGUGACUGCCGUCCACACCACACAAGUUGUCAACAAUCUGGACAAUGCUCGUCGGGACAGUUGUGUAUUGAUAGUAAUGGGUAUUGUUGUGGGAGUAAGAGAACCCUCACCGAGUGCCCCCAACCAUCCACCCUGGUCUCCCACUGCGCCUUCCGUCGUCGCCACGUCAACUGGUGCACCUCGGACGCGGAGUGUGCACCUCAUCUGGCGCCCCGUCAGAAUAUGUUCUUCUCCAACGACGCCUCCCUUCUCGACAGCAUUCAGGCGGCCCCGUCGUUGUGUUGUCCGACGCAAUGCGGUUAUAAUGUGUGUGUCCGAUAG